UCUGUAUAACUAUGUAGUCAUGUUUAUGACGAGCCAUACGACACGAUAGUUUAAAGCACGAAGUGUGGAAAUUUUAAACUAUCCUCUGGUAUCCCUGUUUACAGCUAGCAACACCGCGUGCCUAUGUCCGCCAUUAUGUUUUUUCGUGCGAUACGAUUACGACUAGUGUCUUAAAAAGUAAUUAAAAUAUCUAGUGUAAGAACAUAAAAUGAACAGAAGAAAAUUGAAGAAGUUGUUGGAUAUCCUCGAUUACGAUUCGGAUGAAGCCCCUCGAACAGAUCGAAAAAAUCGAAUAAUAAGUUCGAGUGAUGAGGAUGAAGAACCACCUAAGAAGAAACGGAAGCGUAUUUUGCCUAUUGAAGAAUCUGAUGAUGAACAAGCUGAUGAAAAUAAAGAGAACAUCUUGCAAUUAAUUGGAGAGCCAGAUAUAAAAAAGAAUGUAAUUUCCAUUAACCCAAAAUUAGCGGAACUGUGGCAAAAUAUAAUACAGAAAGGAUUGGAUAAAGAAGGCAAAAAGAAAUUGGAAGAAAAAAUUCCCUCAAUAGAGAACUGCUUCGUUCAAGCCCCGACAUUAAAUGAGGAAAUUGAAAUAACACUAAACAAAAAUGCUAAAACCAGAGAUCAAAAACUGUGCGAAAAACAGAACCAAAUUGGGUUAGUUAUUGCUAACUUAAAUAAAAUGUUAAAAGAGCUAAUUAAUAAAAAUGAUAAAGAACAUGUGGAAAUGCUAGGCGACUCUAUAAGACUAUUAGCUGACCUCCACUACCUAGAAACCGAAACCAGAAAGGCAGUUAUUCUACCGGGCUUAAACAAGGCACUCAAGGAAACAUUAGAAAAAACGCAAACCACUACUUUCCUCUUCGGAAAUGAUUUACAUAAAAUCAUUAAGAAAAGUAAAGAAAUGGAAAAGUCUGUCAAGGAUAUUCAACAGAAUAAAGGUUUAAACUUUUGGAGCCCGUCCUCCACCAACAAUCAAAUGCAGGGCGGGCCAAGAAAAAAUUACCUAAGCAAAAUAAGAAUGUAUCAAAGAAAUUACUACCGGAACACAGCAGCAGCAGCAGCAGCAGCAGUCGGUCAACCCCGGAGAACCCAACGACAGUGGUCACCUCGUCGUCCAGUUCGAGGCAGACGUCACCACCUUCAUCGCCGAGACCACAAGAAAUAGCCGAGGGACCACCAUCCACUACACCAGAACCUUACACUGAUUGCCGCAGUAUUAUCAGCAAAGUCUACUUAAGAAAAGGAUUAACCUGUGAAAGUAUCAAUAUAAUUUUAAAUUCAUUAUCAGAUAAUACAAUAAACCAAUAUAAUUCAUGUUUAAAACAA